AUGAUUUCGGGACUAAGGGUUCUCACAUUCUCAAUGCAUCGCAUAGCUUCUUCCACCAGAAUGAUAUCAACCACCGCUGGACUGAAAGGAUACAACUUCCGGAAGUGUGGACAUGAAAGCGAUAUAAAUGGGCCACUGUCUUCACCGUCUGGCUCAAAACAAGUAUCCUAUGCACGAGUCAAGAAGACACCGCUCUCCGGAAGCCCGGUGGGAGGCUUCAGACCACUAAAAGACACACCAUGCAAGGAGCCAGGAACUAAGAAUUCCAACUGA